AUGCCCCAUUGUCUUCGGAAAUGUAUGCCCGCUAUGGAUAAUGUUGGUAUGAUGCUGGACGUUGCGAAGAAACCAGACACCAUGAAAGCGAUGUGCCAGAACUUGACAGAAGCAUCGAAAUGUGCGACUUCCGCAGGUUGUGAUAGUACUUUCGUCGGAGCGAUCUCCAACGCUUUUCAGUUCAUCUGUUUGGACAACUUGGAAAAAGUAUCAAGUCAGAUCAGCUGUAUUCAAGAAAGUGCUGGUGACCUGCAGCAGGAAUGUGAAACAGAGUGUGCUGUGCAAGCAGAUGUAAUCGAAAACGCUUCAAGAAACACUGCCGACCAGUUGUUCAAUAUGGAGAAACUUUGCAAUUCUACAACGUGUAUUGCAAACUGCUAUCAGAACAAUCUGCACAGAUUUUGCGAUAUUGGCGAAGACAAUUUCCUCGAUACAAUUUUCUCACAGUUUGAAACAAUGAAACAACCUGGUCUCCUCGGUUACUUGCGAAACGAAAAACAAAACACGUCAGGAAUCGCGAAGCUAUUUGGUCUGAUGAUGCCAGAAGGAUGCAACAACGAAAAAUUGAAGAUCAAAAUUCCAAAAAAAAUUGUUCUUCCCGACAAGCCGAAAUCCGUUGGGUCGCCACCUGAAGUUCGUAAAGAAAUUACAACUCAGAGGAAGUCAUUGACAGAAAUUAAAAACAGCACAGAAUCAAAUGAUGUUCUAUUAGCAAAGUCUGGCAAUCUAUCAUCGGCUGCUCUAUUGUUCAAUGGUAAAAUCCAAACACUGCAAUGUCAAUUUCUAGAUUCUCGUGGAAAGCCACAAACCACACCAGAUUUUGAAACAAUUUCAAAAAUUUUGUCGGAACACUUCAACAAGAACUCGCCUGCUAGCACCACCAUGAAAUCAUCGGUCAACGUUAAGACAUUGGAAUGCGGAAAAACUGACUCUUCACAGCCGAGAAGUUCCGGAUCUACAAUAAUUUUAUCUUCUGUGUUUUCAAUUGUUGCAGCUCAUUUCCUGUGA